CGGGGUGACGAUUUUGAGCUGUUUUAUUCAACUUAUGGAUCAAUUUCGAUGCUUUAGCUGUCGGCGCUGUUGAGUUAUGUGUUAAAAUAUAGAUAUAAAAGUUAUCAUCAUGAUUAUCAUUACUAUUGUUAUUGGUACAGUGCAGUAGCAGAAUCAGCUGGCUCAGAUUUAUGAGUUGAGUUCAAUGUCAGGCUUUAUGCAAUGGGAAUUCCUAGUUCGCUGCCUCAGUUAUUCAGAACUGCUACGAUUGAUCGAUCGGUCGAUUGGUAACUGACUGCUCGUUUCCUUGCAAACUAUUGCUUUAAUUGAACUAAAUGUCUUUGGUUUGUGGACAAAUCAUGUUGGGAUUUGGGAAAAACACGCUCGACAUUCAUCAAACAACCGAUGGAAAGAAAAUAAAUGAUCUAAGUUUGAAGUCAUAGAAGAGAAAAUCAGAAAAUUCCCACAUUUUUAGAAGCUGGAUGCAGCAGAUGUUGGUCAAUUUUUUUAGCUUUGAAAAAUUAAAAAACAAAAUUAAUUUUGUUAGAUGGACAGUUGGCUAAUCAUUCCCGCUCUUCCCCCCGUGUAUGACAAAUGAUGGACGCAUCACAUGUUGAUGUAUGAAGUGAAAAGUUUUGGGCAACUCUCUGCUUCUACAUCCUCUGAAUUUCAUUGUAAUUCAUUGUAGUUGAAUUUCUUCCGACUCUUCAAGGCUUGUGGCAACAACUGAUGGCUCCUCCGAGCACAACUGACUGAUUAAUGAAUUGAGGUUGAUAAAGCUAAAAACGUAUCAAACUCCUUCACGCUUGAAAUUCCCGCAGUCGGAAAAUUCAAUUAAGAAACGACACUUCAAACUCUGGAGGAAAACAGUGAGCUGAAAGUGUCUAUAAAGGUCCCGGUUCAACCAGCAGGAUUAUCGUCUCAUACUUACAGUCAUGUGAUCCCUUGUUUAUGAGACAUAUUGAUUAACAGCCGCUGUAAAAACUUUUUUUCACUGUUACACUUUUGACUUUUUACACAACAAACCACUGAACCACGAGGUUGUCGACGUGACAUCACGGUCAUGCGCUGCUGCUGUAAAAUCCGUGACUCAACAAUCGUGCCAAAGACGUAAUCGGCCGCCAUGUUCCUCACCCUCGCCCUGCUGCGGAAGGGCAUCCCCGGCAAGCAGUGGAUCGGCAAGUACCGGCGGCCGCGGCAGGUCACGUGGCAGAUGCAGCGCAACACGCUCAAUCGGCUGGAGGUCGAGGCAGCGAACGAGUACUGGCUCAGCCGGCCGUACAUGACGCCGGAGCAGGAGUACUGCCACGCCGUGGAGCGCCGGGCCCAGGCCUGGCUCAAGAUGAAGGAGGCCAAGUUCGCCAAGUUUCCCGAGCACAAGCGCAUGGCGGACCACCUGAGUCACCUGAACAUCUCCAAGACGUGGUGACAAGAUGCACAGAGACUGAAGUUAAAGACAGCUCUGUGCUGUCGUCGACGUGAAGCCGAACGGACGCCGUGAAGAGUCGUCAACUGAGAUUUCAGCAGCCUGUUUUAACUCCAUCUUUCUUCUCCAAAAAAGAAAUCCAUGUUUUUUUUUUGUGGUAAAAGGAGAACCCACUCUGCACCCGGGGCUGAAGUUACUCCAAAUUCAGAUCAUCAACUCUGUACCUGAUUUGUGAGCUAAUAACUAUCAAUAAACAAUAUCACGUUGAGAAAAUCCUCCGGCUUUCACAGGCUGGUAAUGAAAUCUGUACAAUUAUCGAAGUAUGUUUUUUCCCCCCGAGGCAAAUGUCGGAGGAGUUAUAUAAACUGUCUGGGGAGAUUGAAUUUCACAUGGGAAAGUUUGUGUAUUAAACGUUUUGACCGUCAAUAA